AUGUAGGAAGGAUUUGUUUUUUACGAUGAUACCUAAUACACAUAAAUGAAUGAACCAUAAGUUUAAAUUAAUGACUAUGGGGUUAGCAAUAAUCAAUUUGAACACAAUGGAUACUUAAAGGAACCUGAUAACAAAAUAUUAUAUUAAGACUUGUUAAAAUAAAGCAAAAUCUAUUAAAUAUAAUUAGAAGAAUAAGAUGAGAGAUUAGAUUAUAAAAAUUUACCUAAAUUGAUUGGAAACAAUUUUAAAAAAUAUAUUGAGUAAAAUAAAAAUCAAAUACCAUUAACUUAAGGUUUAGAAAAAUUUUUAAUGAAAAGAAAUGUAAAAAAAGAAAAAAAUAAAGAAAAAAAAUAAAAAAAAGAAUAGUAAAUAUCUACAAAAAUAUCUGAUUUACGAGAAAUUUGCAGAACUGACUUUUAGUCAAAAAGAAUUUUCAAAAAAUACAUGAAAAAAUAAUUUAUAAUCGAUUUAAUCCACAGUUCAAAAAUAGAAAAUCCAUUAAAAUAUAUUGAUGGAAUUAGUACUUAUUUUGCUACAGCUGAUGAACCGGAGAAGAUGAUUAGCAGUCACAUUAUUAAUUCAAAAAAAAAAUACUAUAAAAAAAUAAUUUUAUAGGAUUAGUUAAUAGAAUUUACUUGA